AUGCCGACCAAGCUGAUGAUGACAUUUGUGGGCAUGGACUUGCUCUUUGCUGGCUGUGGAGGGUUGUUGCUGGGCUUCUCCCUCAUCUCGGAGCAAUCGAUGCGUGCCAGUCCUACUGUCGAUAAUGUCACUAAGAACUUGCUGCUUGGACAGUGUCCCUUGACAGCUGGUGUCGUCAACGCCAUCUUCGUCUUCGUCACCUUCCUCCUCUCCCUCCCAGGUCUCUUCCUCCCCAACAACAGAGGCUGGCUCCGUAUCCAAGGCUGGCUCGUCGUCGUCUGCGCUACCUUUACUCUCGGCCUCGGUGUCGCCAUCUGGGUUGAGACUCUCGAGACGCGUAGGAACCUCAGUGCCCUCUGGGGAGGCGAGUCUCCUCUUAUCCAGUCUCUGUUGCAGCAACGUUUCGACUGCUGCGGCUACGUAAACUCAACCACCCCACCCUUCGUCCAAGACAGCACCUGCCAAAACACGCUCGUCGCCGCGCAAAAGGGCGGCUGCAUCGGCAAAUUCUCCUCUUUCGCAAACAAGUACCUCGAUCAGAUCUUCACCGCUGCCUUUGGUAUCGUCGGUGUCGACGUCAUUCUUGUCCUGUGCAUUGCCAUGGUGCUCAAGUACCGUAUGGAGCAGGAGCGCUACAGGCACAUUGAUGAGAAGAAUGGCUUUGGUGGAUUGUAG